GUGCACUGGUAAGUGAGCUCUGCGCCGGGUGAAUCACAGGAACAAGACCUGGGGGAAGAGUGGGUCUGGGGGGGGAAGGUUGUGACGGGAGAGGCACGGCUCAGGCUGGGCUCCUGCCCCAGCCUCCCUGAUGCCUGUGUACCCAGCCUCGUCCCUGCUCCUUCCAGCUCUCAGCCCAUCCCGGGAGGCGGCUCCUUGGCAAGGCUGCAGAGAGGGCCUGCCCUGCCAGGGGGUCAGGAUCGGUGUCAGAGGUGCCAAAGAGACACCGAGGGGGUGCCCAGGGGGCAGGGUGCCUGCACCCCUGGGAAGCCACCUCCCAGCCUGGGGAUUUGUAUGGCAGAGGCCUGCGUGACCUUGUGGCUGACAUUCCUCAGCGGCCACGUGGCCCCAACUGGCAGGGACAGCUGCGGACAGGGGCCGAACCAGCUUUGUUCCCAGGGUGGCGCCCGCUCUCCAUCCAGGCCCUGCUCGGCUCCUGCCCAGAGCUGCUAUCCUUGGCGGGGCUCAGUGGGCCGCUGGCACCGUGGGUCCCCCCGCUAUGAGUACCUAGAGACACGGAGCCACCAGGGUCUCUCUGUGUGAGGUGCAGGGCUCGAAGGAUGGGGCAGGACCAGACAAAGCAGCAGAUCGAGAAGGGGCUCCAGCUGUACCAGUCUAACCAGACAGAGAAGGCGCUGCAGGUGUGGAUAAAGGUGCUGGAGAAGAGCUCGGACCUCGUGGGGCGCUUUCGCGUGCUGGGCUGCCUGGUCACGGCCCACUCGGAGAUGGGCCGCUACAAGGAGAUGCUGAAGUUUGCUGUAGUGCAGAUCGACACGGCCCGGGAGCUGGAGGACGCCAACUUCCUCCUGGAGAGCUAUCUGAACCUGGCACGCAGCAACGAGAAGCUGUGCGAGUUCCACAAGACCAUCUCCUACUGCAAGACCUGCCUCGGCCUGCCUGGCACCAGGGCGGGCGCCCAGCUCGGAGGCCAGGUCAGCCUGAGCAUGGGCAAUGCCUUCCUGGGCCUCAGCCUCUUCCAGAAGGCCCUGGAGAGCUUCGAGAAAGCCCUGCGCUAUGCCCACAACAACGACGACACCAUGCUCGAGUGCCGCGUCUGCUGCAGCCUGGGCAGCUUCUAUGCCCAGGUCAAGGACUACGAGAAAGCUCUCUUCUUCCCCUGCAAGGCCGCGGAGCUCGUCAAUGACUACGGCAAAGGCUGGAGCCUCAAGUACCGGGCCAUGAGCCAGUACCACAUGGCCGUGGCCUAUCGCCUGCUGGGCCACCUGGGCAGUGCCAUGGAGUGUUGCGAGGAGUCUAUGAAGAUUGCACUGCAGCACGGGGACCGGCCACUACAGGCCCUCUGCCUGCUCUGCUUUGCUGACAUCCACCGGAGCCGUGGGGACCUGGAGACGGCCUUCCCCAGGUACGACUCCGCCAUGAGCAUCAUGACCGAGAUCGGAAACCGCCUGGGGCAGGUGCAGGUGCUGCUGGGUGUGGCCAAAUGCUGGGUGGCCAGGAAGGCACUGGACAAGGCUCUGGAUGCCAUCGAGAGAGCCCAGGACCUGGCCGAGGAGGUGGGGAACAAGCUGAGCCAGCUCAAGCUGCACUGCCUGAGCGAGAGCAUCUACCGCAGCAAGGGGCUGCAGCGGGAGCUGCGUGCGCACGUCGUGCGCUUCCACGAGUGCGUGGAGGAGAGCGAGCUCUACUGCGGCCUGUGCGGCGAGUCCAUAGGCGAGAGGAAUAGCCGGCUGCAGGCCCUGCCCUGCUCCCACAUCUUCCACCUCCGGUGCCUGCAGAACAACGGGACACGGAGCUGCCCCAACUGCCGCCGCUCGUCCAUGAAGCCUGGCUUUGUGUGACGCCCUCAGCAGUCUUGGGCUUCGGCCUCGCCUCCCUGCUCCUUCUCCACCGUCACCCUGGAGACCCCUGCCCUCCCUGCCUCGACGACCGUUUACUCCUGGGGCAGCUGCCAGGGACUCCCCGCUGGCGCCCCUCGAGGCCCAGUUGCCCUCUCUCGCCUCUUCGUACUUUGCUCUUUAUAGGGAAAUAAACCGUUUGUACCUGGUCCCAAUGAUUCUGACUUUCCCUCCCAAGGUCUGAGGAUGGGGGGAGUGUGGGAGCAAGGCUCCUCGCGUGAGCUUCCUCAGACACACACGUCCCUCUGCACAUAUGUCUGAGUGUCUCCAGCUGCCCUUCCAGGUUCGUGGGGUGCCACAGUGAGCCAGAGACAAACAUCCCCGCCUGUGAGGAGCUGCUGACGUGCAGGAGUGGGGAGAAGGAUGCGAUAAACAGUAAACGUGAUAAACAAGCAACGUGGGAAGUUAGAAAGAUGCGAUGGACUGAAUUGGUCCCCCAAAUUCAUAUGUUGGAGCCCUGGCCCCCCCAUGUAACUAAGUUAGGAGAUGGGGCCCUUAGGGAGGUAAUUAAGACUGAAGGAGGUCAUUAGGGUGGGGCCCUCAUCCGUUAGGACUGGUGUCCCUAUAAGAAGAGGAAGAGACACCAGAGAGCUUUCUCUCUCUCUCCG